GGAGUAAAUCUCGUUAAUACAUUUUUGUUUUCUUCUAGAUUUGUCGGCAUUAAUGCAUCUGAUAUAAACUACUCAGCUGGUCGAUAUGACGCCUCAGUUAAACCCCCCUUUGAUAUAGGCUUUGAAGGUGUCGGUGAAGUGGUAGCAUUAGGACUCAGUGCUAGUGCAGAUUACACAGUGGGUCAAGCCGUGGCCUAUGUGAAAGCAGGUUCCUUUGCUGAAUACACAGUUGUGCCUGCCAGACAAGCAGUCCCUCUACCCUCAGUGAAACCCGAGUUCCUCACUUUAAUGGUAAGUGGUGCAACUGCAUACCUCAGUUUGAAAGAGCUGGGAGACUUGUCUGAAGGCGAGAAGGUUCUGGUGACAGCAGCGGCUGGAGGAACGGGCCAGUUUGCUGUGCAGCUUGCAAAGAAGGCAAAAUGCCAUGUAAUUGGAACCUGCUCCAGUGAUGAAAAGGGCGGCUUUCUGAAAUCCAUUGGCUGUGACCGUACCAUCAACUAUAAAACUGAAAAUGUCGAAUCUGUGCUUAGGAAGGACUACCCCGAAGGUGUGGAUGUGGUGUAUGAAUCUGUUGGGGGAAAGAUGUUUGACUUGGCUCUCAAUGCCUUGGCUAUCAAAGGGCGCCUGAUAGUUAUUGGGUUUAUCGCUGGCUACCAAAACCCCACUGGCCUCCAGCCCAUUAAAGCAGAGUUAUUGCCAGCAAAACUAUUGAAGAAGUCUGCUAGCGUCCGGGGUUUCUUCUUGAACCAUUACCUUUCUGACUACAAAAUGGCUCUGCAGCAUUUGCUCAAGAUGUAUGAAAGAGGAGACCUGGUUUGUGAGGUGGACUUUGGAGACAUGUCUCCGGAGGGCAAGUUCACUGGCUUGGAAUCUGUAUUCCGUGCUGUAGAUUACAUGUACAUGGGAAAAAACAUUGGAAAAAUUGUAGUUGAAUUACCUCACUCUGUCAACAGUAAGCUGUAAAAACAGAACAAUGAUAUAAAUCAGAAGAGAGAAAAUGGGCACUUUAUGCUUCACAUUUACUAGAAACAAUUUCUAUUUUUAAUCUUAAUAAUGGAUAGUAUAUUAAAAAACAGCAAUAAAGUGUUAAUAAAAAGAGGUGGGUUUGUUGGGGGGUGUUUGUUUUGUUUUGUUUGUUUUUAUUUUCUUAGAAGUGUUUAAAUCAGUGGCUGUAGCAGGGACAUAAUGGGCCUGUGUUUGAUACUGUCACUUAGGUUAGUGUGAGACAAGAACAUUGUUCUUGACAGAAUAAGUCUUGAUGCAGAGGCAGAUUUAGUGUGUCAGCCUGAUUUGAUAAGACUUCAUACGUAGCUCAGCUCAGGAAAAAAAAAAAUCUUUCAGCAAUUUUGAUUCCCUGAUUUAAAAAUAAAAUUGUUAGAACAAGAAUAAGUAAAGAGUUGUAUCUUUGGGUUGCUCUAUUAAUCUUUUGAAGUUUCUGGGAAAAAAAUGCUCUUGAUUUUUUGUCACAAACACGAUAAUCAUAAUUCAGUUGCAUCAUGGAUCAUAGUAAUAUUCGUUGACUGGUUACACAGGGAAAUUUAUCCUCCAAUUCUGACGUGUCAGUAAUAUUAAGCAACUUGACUUUUUUUUUUUUAUUAAUCCUGUCUUUCAUAACUAUAAACAACUGUGCAAUUUUCUUUUAAGUCUUUAACUGCAAGUUGCAAUAUAGUCUCAUUUUGUUACCUUUUCAUUUUACACUGCUACUGUUUAAUGUCCAGCCUUCCCUAUAGUCAGUAUUUAAAGAUUAUUGGAAUGGGAUUUUGAGCCAUGUUCAUGUGCGUUCAGGUUCUGUGUAUUUUUUGAAGAUUAAAUAAAGUUUUAAAAGCUA